AUGUUAUCGCGCUACGUGGUAUCCCAAGUGAAGCACAAUUCGUACUUCCUUGUGGGAUUAGGUAUUGGGCUAUGGCUGGCGCUGGCGACGGUUCCACUGGAAGAGGACGUGGCGGCUUGCGACGGCGCGGCCACGGUGACGACGCCUGAUGACUUCGAGCCGCAGCGCGAGGAACGCCCGUUGGGGCCCGCAGGCCAGUCCGGCCGCAGCGUGCAACGCCCUAGAUACUAUAGUACUGAGCUAGGAAUGCGUGGUGGUUUACUUGCAGGUGUUCUCAGCUCUGAGGAAGUGCUGGAGACGCGCGCCGCGGCGCUGAACAAGACGGCGGCGCGCCUGCUGCCCGCGCUGCGGUUCUUCAUCACGGCCAGCACGCUGCAGGCCGCGCCGGGGCGCGCCAACGUCGUCGGCUUCACCGACACCAGGGAGAUGCUGAAACCCUUCCACGCACUCAAGUAUCUCGCAGACAAUUACUUGGAGGAAUAUGACUUCUUCUUCCUUAUCUCCGACACGUCGUUUGUGAACGCGCACCGCCUGCUCGAGCUCGUGUCGAAGCUUAGCGUUAGUCAGGAUCUCUAUAUGGGCACAGUGGCGGACGAUGACACGCAUUACUGUACAUUAGAGGGCGGCAUCCUGCUGUCGAACUCUGUGCUGCGCGCGGUGCACGGCGAGCUGGACUGGUGCGUGCGCAACUCGUACUCGCCGCAGCACCACGAGAACAUCGGGCGCUGCGUGCUGCACGCCGCGCAUCUGCCGUGCGCCGCCACCGCGCAGGGCCAGCGCUACGCCGCACGCACUGCCGCCGGCGCGUUGCGGCCCGCGCUGGCCGACGCCGUGGCCGCGCACCCUGCGCUCCACCCGCGCGACUUCCACCGCCUGCACGCCUACGUGGCGCGUGUGCGCCUGCAGCGCGCCGCCGGGGCCUCCUCCCGUGCGCCGCCGCCGCGCUCAGCGCGCGCCGCCACCCGCGCGGCUUCCGCAACGCCACGUGGCCGCGCGCGCUGCGCGACGACGCCGGCCUCGCGCCGCCACCGCCCGCCACCAGGUCACACGCCGUUCGACCACCUGAGCUGGACGCGCUUCAACGAGACGCACGCGCUGCUGCUGGGCGCGCGCGAGGCGGCGGCGCCGCUGCCGCGCGCGCACCGCACCGCCGUGGCGCGCGUGUUGCGCGCGGCGCGCGCGUGGGCGGCGGCUCGCUGGGGCGUGGCGCGCGGCACCGUGGCGCUGGCCGAAGGCGCGUGGCGCUGGGCGCCGCCGCGCGCGCUGCGCUACCGGCUGCUGCUGCGCGUGGGCGGCGCGCUGCGGCUGGCGGAGGCAGCGCGGCCGCUGGGCGCCGCGCGCCUGGCGCCCGCGCGCUACGUGACGGAGAGCGCGCGCGUGCACGCGGUGCUGGCGCUGCCGGCCGCCGCCGCCGCGCCCGCCGCCGCCUUCCUGCGCCGCUACGAGGCCGUGUGCCGCCGCGACGCCAACACCGAGCUCACCGUGGUGAUAGUGUCGGGCCCGGAGGCGCUGUCGGAGCAACAGGCGGCGGCGCUAGCGGCGCUACGCGCGGCGGCGGCGGCGGCGGCGGCGGGCGUGCUGGACGCGGCGGCGGCGGGCGGCAGCGGCGACGGCGCGCGGCGCGGCGCGGCGGCGCGGCCGGCGCUGGCGGCGGCACUGCCGCGACUGGCGCGCGACGCGCUCGUGCUGCUGCUGCUCGCGCCCGAGGCCGAGUUCAACGAGGACUUCCUCAACAGGGUGCGCAUGAACACGAUCAGCGGCGAGCAGUGGUUCGCGCCGGUGGCGUUCCACCGCUACGCGCAGGCGCCGCCCGCCCCCGGCGCGCCGCCCGCCCAGCCCGGCGCGCCGCCCGCCCCCGCACCCGCCCCCGCGCCGCGCGCCGCCGCCGACGUGGGCCGCUUCGCCGCCGACGCCGCGCCCGUCGCGCUCUCCUUCUACCGGCAGGACUACGAGGCCGCGCUGCAGCAGUGGCGCGGCGCCGCCGACGCGCCGCCCGCCGCACUGCUGGCCGCCGCGCCACUGCGCGCCCUGCGCGCGCCCGAGCCCGCACUGCUGCUGCCGCCGCCCGCGCCGCCCUGCGCGCCCGUGCCCGCCCCCGCCCAGUGCCUGCGCCGCGAGCGCGACGCCGGCUUCGCGGACGUGGUGCUGGGCGCGCGGCACACGCUCGCCAAGACGCUGCUGCAGCGCCAGGCGGAGCUCGCC